AUGUCUAGCCUGAACCUCGCUCUAACCUGGUUUAGGCGGUGUCUUGACAAUCACCAAAGAUGCAAAACAUUGACUCGAUUGAAUCCUCAAUGGAUGCCCACCCGCCUUGUAGAUAUAGGACUAGAAGACACCCACCAAUGGAGGCUGAUUGAAACAAGGCGAGAACUGCAGGCAGGCAAUCCUUCACCUUACAUGACUCUGAGCUAUCGUUGGGGCUCUCAUCCCACGAUACUGCUGAAAUCGUCGACUCUUGAAUCAUUCCACUCUGGCAAUCCUAUUGAACAACUACCUUUGACGUUUCGUGACGCUAUUCGUGUUGUUCGCCACUUUGGAAUGCGCUACCUUUGGAUCGACAGUUUGUGCAUCAUACAAGACUGUGUUGCCGAUUGGAAAGCCGAGGCUCCAAUGAUGCGGGAUGUUUACGCCAACUCAAUAUGCAAUAUCGCAGCGUCCGCUUCAUUUGAUCCAGACGAUGGAUUGUUCGUCGGACGGGAUCCUACGGAAAUUGGACCGUGGGUCGUCGAAUCGACUUUGACGGCUGGCGCUCUAGAAAAACACUUCAUCAUUGAUAUUGAAUACUGGGAUUCGCGACUUGAGAAAGGGAGCCUUCACGACCGUGGUUGGGUAUUUCAGGAACUGUCCCUUGCACCGCGUGUGCUGUACUUCACAAGGGACCAGCUCAUGUGGGCGUGUACCGAGACGCACGGAUGCGAAGCAUUUCCCGACGGGAUGUUCAGCACUCCACCAAAAUUCGAUAUUGAGAAGGCUUUUCAAGCAGAGUUCGCGAAGUUCGAAACCGGAGAUUUGAGCAGUGCUUCGGGUGUCUGGAUGGACUUAAUCUACGACUAUACAAGGUGCAAACUUACGAAACCCGAAGAUCGUCUUUAUGCUGUUGCUGGCAUUGCAAAACUCUUUCAACAGAUGACUGGAGAUAGGUAUCUGGCGGGCCUUUGGCAAAAAGAUUUGCUACAUCAACUUGGCUGGUCGGCGCAUUUCCCGGCGCCGAAAUUAGUCGAAAGCUACAGGGCGCCGUCUUGGUCUUGGGCAUCCACUGAUGGAAUGGUAAACCCGAAUCCGUUGUUCAACAUGGAGUCUUUCGUUGAGAUCAUCGACGUGGAUGUUCAGUCGAGAGGCGUCGACGUAACUCUCGAUGCCGCCCACGGAUACCUGAAAUUGCGCUGCCCCCUUUUCACCGCCUCUUACUUCCGCGCAACCAAAGACGAACAGCUUAUCCUUGAACUCAGAGGCAUAUCGGCUCAACUUUUGACAAAUUGCAAUUAUAUGCAGGACACACAAGAGGAUCAGAGUCUUGUAGGUAAUGGGACGGUUGACUUCAUCGUCUACGGUCAUGGAGGAGAUCCAAUCGUUAGCUUCAUUGCAUGCAUUGUGGUUGAGCGUACACGACAGGCCGAAGAUGAGUUCAAAAGAAUUGGGUUGUUAGAAAUCAGAGGCACUGAGAAUGUUACAAUUGCCAUGGACAUCGUUGGGUCCGGAAAAGCUGGGAACAAGGUUAUUACCCUUGUUUAA